CCGAGGCUUCCCCGCCUGCGCUCGUAGUCAGAGCCGCUCUGGCGCGUGCGCGUGUUAUCUCCGGCCGACCGGAGUAGCCGGUUUCCCUCCGCUCCAGGCCCCCGCCCGCCGCCGCCUCCUCCCAGCCCCCGGCCGAUCCGUCCCCUUCCUCUCCUUGCGGAAUGGGGCCGGCGUUGCUCGGGGUCGCGCGCCCGGGACCCGGCUCGCGCUCGGUCUCGCGCUGUCAGCUACUGCUUGGCUCGCGCCGCCUCGCGCUCUCCCUCAGUCAGUGGCGCCGAAGGCUCCGUUAAGCAGCGGCGGCGGCGGCGGUUCCUGUUUCCGUUUCUUCCUCUCCCUUCAGUAGGGAAUAGCAUCCUCCACCCAGCCACCCCUCCCACUACCCCAACGCGGGGCAGCUGCGGCUGAGGGCUGUAGCGGCGGCGGCGGCGGCGGCGACUGGGGAACGGCGGAGACUGCCUUUGCUCCCGCCUCGGGUUGCUGCUUUUGCUAAGAGAGCACCCAUGACCCUGAUGGUGUUUCCAUUCACAAUAAAGGGCUCUAUUGCCUUCAUUGAUUAGCUGAUCAAAUUCAGGAUUACUGGAAUAAUCAAAUGAAAUCAUGUGAAAUUGUUUUAAAAACCGAAGACUUCACAAAGUUGGUAAUUUUAGUGACCCAGAUUCAAGCAGUAAUAUCUUCCAUUGGAAAUAUGUGAUUUCGUCAUCUUAUGUUCUAGGGGAAGAAAGCAUGUAGAGUCCAUGAAGCACAGGACAAUAAAGCUUCCUACUCAUACCACCAGGAGGAUCUCUUGGAAAGAGUCACCACAGGACUACCAGAGAGACUAAUUUGUCUGAAGCAUCAUGUGUUGAAAGAACAGAAGGCUACUACCUUUGCACUCGCUAGAAACAGAGUGACGAUGUUUUCAAUUCCUUGAGUUCCAGGAACCCAGGAGAGUGAGCUGAAACUCUGAAAAUGCGGCCAUGGACUGGUUCCUGGCGUUGGAUUAUGCUCAUUCUUUUUGCCUGGGGGACCUUGCUAUUUUAUAUAGGUGGUCACUUGGUACGAGAUAAUGACCACCCUGAUCACUCUAGCCGAGAACUGUCCAAGAUUUUGGCAAAGCUUGAACGCUUAAAACAGCAAAAUGAAGACUUGAGACGAAUGGCUGAAUCUCUCCGAAUACCAGAAGGCCCCAUUGAUCAGGGGCCAGCUUCAGGAAGGGUUCGUGCUUUAGAAGAGCAGCUUGUGAAGGCCAAAGAACAGAUUGAAAAUUAUAAGAAACAAACUAGAAAUGGUCUGGGGAAGGAUCAUGAAAUCCUAAGGAGGAGGAUUGAAAAUGGAGCUAAAGAGCUCUGGUUUUUUCUACAAAGUGAGUUGAAGAAAUUAAAGAAUUUAGAAGGAAAUGAACUCCAAAGACAUGCAGAUGAAUUUCUGUCAGAUUUGGGACAUCAUGAAAGUAUGAAGAAGAAAUUUAAGAGGGGACAGGAGGUGACGGUAGAGAGAACAAAAAGGUCUAUAAUGACGGAUUUAUACUACCUCAGUCAAACAGAUGGAGCAGGUGAUUGGCGGGACAAAGAGGCCAAAGAUCUGACAGAGCUGGUCCAGCGGAGAAUAACGUAUCUUCAGAAUCCCAAGGACUGCAGCAAAGCCAAGAAACUAGUGUGUAAUAUCAACAAAGGCUGUGGCUAUGGCUGUCAGCUCCAUCAUGUGGUCUACUGCUUCAUGAUUGCAUAUGGCACCCAGCGAACACUCAUCUUGGAAUCUCACAAUUGGCGCUAUGCUACUGGAGGAUGGGAAACUGUGUUUAGACCUGUAAGUGAGACCUGCACAGACAGAUCUGGCAUCUCCACUGGACACUGGUCAGGUGAAGUAAAGGACAAAAAUGUUCAGGUGGUUGAGCUCCCCAUUGUAGACAGUCUUCAUCCUCGUCCUCCAUAUUUACCCCUGGCUGUACCAGAAGACCUUGCAGAUCGACUUGUACGAGUCCAUGGUGACCCUGCAGUGUGGUGGGUGUCCCAGUUUGUCAAAUACUUGAUCCGCCCACAACCUUGGCUGGAAAAAGAAAUAGAAGAGGCCACCAAGAAGCUAGGCUUCAAACAUCCAGUUAUUGGAGUCCAUGUCAGACGCACAGACAAAGUGGGAACAGAAGCAGCCUUCCACCCCAUUGAGGAAUACAUGGUACAUGUUGAAGAACAUUUUCAGCUUCUUGGUCGAAGAAUGCAAGUGGAUAAAAAAAGAGUAUAUUUGGCCACAGAUGACCCUUCUUUAUUAAAGGAGGCAAAAACAAAGUACCCCAGUUAUGAAUUUAUUAGUGAUAACUCUAUCUCUUGGUCAGCUGGACUACAUAAUCGAUACACAGAAAAUUCACUUCGAGGUGUGAUCCUGGAUAUACACUUUCUCUCCCAGGCAGACUUCCUAGUGUGUACAUUUUCAUCCCAGGUCUGUCGAGUUGCUUAUGAAAUCAUGCAAACACUGCAUCCCGAUGCCUCUGCAAACUUCCAUUCUUUGGAUGACAUCUACUAUUUUGGAGGCCAAAAUGCCCACAACCAGAUUGCCAUUUAUGCUCACCAACCUCGAACUGCAGAUGAAAUCCCCAUGGAACCUGGAGAUAUCAUUGGUGUGGCUGGAAAUCAUUGGGAUGGCUAUUCUAAAGGUGUCAACAGAAAACUGGGAAGGACGGGCCUAUAUCCCUCCUACAAAGUUCGAGAGAAGAUAGAAACAGUCAAGUACCCCACAUAUCCUGAGGCUGAGAAAUAAAGCUUAGAUGGACGAGAAAGACAACCAAACUCAGUUCAAACUGUUUGAGCCAACCAGUAGAUGAAGAAGGCCCCAACCUAACAACUCAUGAGUCAACACCCUCAUCGCCAGGAGCAGCUGGGAUCUGACAGAUGCUUCAUUGGUGGAAUUCCUCUUUAACAAGGGCUACCGUGCCCUCAAAACCAUGCACAGUCCGAUAAUGUACUCACGUAUAACAUACAAACAGGUUGUUUUCUACUUUACCCGUUCUUUGAAGAUUAUGUCCCCAUGAAACAAACACUGCCACAUUGUCUAAUUUAAGUGACACAGACAUUUUGUGUGAGACUUCAAACAUGGUGCCUAUAUCUGAGAGACCUAUGUGACCUAAUGAGAUGACUCAAAUAGCUCCCUCCUGUGGGGAGCUUGAUUCUUAGCCAGUGGUGGUAUUGUAACCACUGAAUUCACUCCAAUCAACAGAUUCAGAAUGAGAAUGGAUGUUUUUGUCUGGAAUUUUUUUUUGAGUAAUUGUACCAGUUCAUCCACCUCAUCAUUAAUAAGUGAAGGAUACAACAGAAAAUAAAAUAUUCAUACUCCAUUAGGAACUUUUGUAAAACAAUACCAUGAACAGAUUCUUUAGUACUCAAUGUUUCCGGACAUUCUCUUUGAUAACAAAAAAUAAAUUUUAAAAAGAG